CUUGGAGUGAGCGACGAAUUCCCGACGAACCACGACCAGUUUACCCAGUACUGGAGCGACCACGUGAACGGCCAUACUCCAUGCUGUACGUCGUUGAAAUUCGCCCACCUGAACACUGUCAACAGCACGUGGAACAGCCCCGAGCUUCAGGAAAAGCUCUGCAACCGCGCACUCACAGCCAGCAACACCAGCACCAACUCAGCGAUCACGGACACGAUCGUGGUUACGCAUUCCAUGGGCAACUUGAUGUUCGCUGGGGCUCUUGCAACUGGAAAGUGCAGUCUGGAUGCGAGCUCGACGUGGGUGGGGAUGGCUGGGCCAAUGAAGGGCAGUAAGUGCUCCGACUUCGUCCAGGACUCGUGCGCUGGUAAGACCAACAUGGUCUGGGAGAAGAUCGGCAGCAUUACGGGCCGUUGCCCCGCUAACAUCGGGCUCAAGUCUCUCGCGUACGAAGGCGGGAACUACAGUACUCCGGAGAUGAACGCCGCCUACGCCGCUGCUCAGCAGGUCUACCGGACGAAGGUAUCUGCUCUCAUGUGCAGCAAGUCGUCCCAGGGACUGACGUCCAAGUAUCAGGCCCAGUUCUGGGCUCUGGGAUCCCUGGUCCCCCACAAGGGCCCGAACGACGGCAUGGUGUCGUUCGAGAGUUGUGCCGCUGGGCUCCCUGCGUCAAAAUUUGGCGACAACUACCGUGAUCCCUUCUACGUGACGAAAUUGAACCACUACGACAUGCAGUUCCGCGGUGGAGACUCCGUCAUGGACGAACAGAAGAUGCCCGUCAAGUGGUUCGAGUGUCUUCUG